UCUGUCGGAAUGUCGGUGCUCUGGUCGAUUAAGCCCACGUUUGUAGGCAUACAAGAGCUGGAGGAGGCCCACCGCAAUCCGCGUUGUUCACACUCGACUCCUAGUCAGCUUCAUCCCUGCACAUGCCCGGAUGUACUUUCCAGAGCAACAAGCAACGCACGCGGUCCACGCCGAGACCAGUCUGUCCUCGGUCAAUGCCACCGACAGUGAGUCCAACGCGCCCCUGGACAUCGCCGACGAGCUCGCAGAAAAGCAAAGCGAGCGCUCGGAUGGAAAGCGCGAGCUGAAAGAGGCCGACUGUUAUGAAAUUCUGGGCUACUCAUGGCCGCGAUGGAAGAAAUGGACCUAUCUCGCCGCGGUCGCCUUCGUGCAAGUGUCGAUGAACUUCAACACCUCAGUCUACCCGGCAGCCGUCAAGCCGCUCUCCGAGGCGUUCAAUAUUAGCGAGCAACACGCCCGGACGGGCCAAAUGGCUUAUCUUGUGACCUACUCCAUAGGUUGUGAGCUGUGGGCGCCAUGGUCGGAGGAGUUCGGUCGCUGGCCGAUCCUCCAGCUCUCCAUGCUCCUGAUCAAUAUCUGGCAACUCCCGGCAGCCCUUGCUCCCAACUGGGGCUCUCUAGUGGUCGCCCGUGCAUUGGGUGGUAUUUCGACUGCGGGUGGCAGUGUCACUCUCGGCCUCAUUGCCGAUAUCUAUGAGUCCGAGACGCAGCAGUUCCCCCUUGCAUUUAUCGUCCUAUCCUCCUGUAUUGGUACCAGUAUUGGUGGUGUGAUCGGUGGGCCAAUUGCACGCUUCCUGGAUUGGCAAUGGUUCUUCUGGAUUCAGCUCAUAUUUGGAGCAGUAACCCAGGUCAUCAUCUUUUUCAUGCCCGAGAGCCGUUCCACCAUCAUUAUGGACAAGGAGGCGAAGCGCCGCCGGAAGUCAGGAGAAGACCCGAACAUCUACGGGCCCAACGAGCUGAAGGUUCCUCGGAUCUCCUUCAAGGAAGCCGGUAAAAUCUGGAUGCGACCGUUUCACAUGCUGUUGCGCGAGCCCAUUGUCCUGUGCUUGUCCCUUCUGUCCGGUUUCUCCGAUGCUCUGAUCUUCACCUUCCUCGAAAGCUUUGCCAUCGUUUACGAACAGGGAUGGGGCUUUGGUACGCUUGGGCAGGCGUGGGCGGUGAUCCCCAUCAACGCGGCCUACUUCAUCGCGUACUUCAGCUACUUUCCCUGGUUUAUGCGGGACGAAAAGCUUCGUCUCCGACACGGUGAUGCGGCGAUUCCACCCGAGCGUCGUCUCAAGUGGCUGCUCUUCCUGGCACCGCUGGAACCCAUCGGGUUGUUCGGUUUUGCGUGGACAACAUUCGCUGCAGGCGACUCGCGCAACGUACACUGGAUCGCGUCGAUGAUCUUCUCCGCGUGUGUCGGGAUUGCCAACUACGCAAUAUACCUCUCCUCGGUAGACUACAUGGUCGCCUCCUAUGGGGUCUACUCUGCCUCCGCGACCGGUGGUAAUGCUUUCGCUCGGGACCUUCUCGCUGGUAUCUCAGCCAUGUACGCGACGCCCAUGUAUAGCAAUGUUGGCGACGAGUGGCAUGUUCAAUAUGCCAGCACCAUUCUGGCCUGUCUUUCCUGUUUGGUCGUCAUUCCCAUCUAUAUCUUCUAUUGGAAGGGACCACAAAUCCGUGCGAAUAGCAAGUUUGCCGCCACGCUUGCUGCUGACCGAUCGGAGAACAACGGCCGGCGCGUGAGCCAGAUCAGCGCUGAGCCCUGAUCCGGGGGUAAGCGGAUACGAAUGCAUGUAAAGACUGUAUGAAAUAGCGCAUGUUCUCUUUCUUUAGAACUUGUAUAUAUGAAUUAUCAUGAAGGACUGAAUUUCAAAUAUUUUAUGUGCUCUAUGAUGACACGUAUGAACUUGGUCAUUAGGAGUGUCAACCCAUACCAGCCCAUUUGUG